UGAAAUUUGGCGAGUGAUACAAAGAGGUAGAAAGAGGGCAAAGAGGAGAGGAAGACGGAAAGUGCUCUUAGCUUUCUUUCUCCGUCUCUCGCUGUCUGACAGUGUCUAGGGCUCGUUCUCUCUGGUGCGGAGGGGAAGAACAAUGGACGCCUUGGCCCGCUCGGCGGAUGCUGAAAUGGCGGAAGCGGGCACGCCGGGGCUGGAGAGCAUCCAGGCCACGCUCAGCUAUGGCGGUCGGUUCAUCCAGUACAACAUCUUCGGAAACGUUUUCGAAGUUACGUCUAAGUAUAAGCCCCCCAUCAUGCCAAUCGGGAAGGGAGCAUACGGGAUUGUCUGCUCGGCUUUUAAUUCAGAGACAGGGGAGCAGGUAGCGAUUAAGAAGAUUGCUAAUGCUUUUGAUAAUAAGAUUGAUGCGAAGAGGACGCUGCGGGAGAUUAAGCUGCUACGGCAUAUGGAUCAUGAAAACGUUGUUGCAAUCAGGGAUAUAAUACCACCUCCCAAGAGGGAAUCAUUUAAUGAUGUAUACAUUGCAUAUGAGAUUAUGGACACUGAUCUCCAUCAGAUAAUUCGCUCAAAUCAAAAUCUGUCUGAGGAACACUGCCAGUAUUUCUUGUAUCAGCUUCUCCGUGGUCUGAAAUACAUACAUUCAGCAAAUGUUCUUCACAGGGAUUUGAAACCUAGCAACCUCUUGUUGAAUGCUAAUUGUGAUUUGAAGAUAUGUGAUUUUGGUCUUGCUCGUACUACUUCAGAAACUGAUUUUAUGACAGAGUAUGUUGUUACAAGAUGGUACCGUGCACCUGAACUUUUGUUGAAUUCGUCAGAGUAUACUGCAGCAAUUGAUGUAUGGUCAGUUGGGUGCAUAUUUAUGGAACUGAUUGACCGGAAGCCGUUAUUUCCAGGGAGAGACCAUGUGCAUCAGCUGCGUCUACUUAUGGAGCUCAUAGGCACUCCUGAUGAAGCUGAUUUGGGAUAUAUUAAUGAAAAUGCAAGAAGAUACAUCAACCAACUUCCUCGUCAUAUGCGGCAGUCAUUUCCUGAGAAGUUUCCACAUGUUCAUCCAUUAGCCAUUGAUCUCGUCGAAAAGAUGUUGACGUUCGAUCCUAGAAAAAGAAUUACUGUGGAAGAAGCCCUUGCCCACCCAUACCUUGCAUCACUGCAUGAUAUCAGUGAUGAGCCGAUCUGCAUGGCCCCCUUCAGCUUCGACUUCGAGCAGCAUGCACUAUCUGAAGAACAGAUGAAAGAACUUAUUUACCGCGAGGCCCUCGCCUUCAACCCAGAGUACCAGCAUCUGUAGGUUUUCAUUUUUCACGAUUUUUCUCUUAAAUUUGCUUUUUUUAUCGAUCUUUUUCUCUCUCGCUCUUGCAUCUACGUAGUAUUCGUGGGCGGUACUCUCGUGAUAUUAUGCCACAGUGUAUAUAUUUUUCUCCUCUGUUAUUGAAUAUUUUAAACGUUCAUCAUAAGCAUCAUUAGGUAAUGUUAGUUUGUUGUGUUGUGUUAUAUCUGAUAAAAUGAUCAUAUACAUAACAUUGGUUACAUGUAUUAAGUUAUGCUUGAAUCAAUUUAAUUCAAAUAUUUAUGAUUUGAGAAA